CAUGGUUGAAUCAGGAGGAGACCACAUAGUUCUCUGGACUGGAGGACAGGGUGUCAGACCACAGCAUAUCCAAGUCAGAUCAACUCAAAACUGGGUCAGACCCACUGAGUUGUACCUCAUGGACCAGAGGAUGGUCAGCAGACCCCCACAGGCCCCCUUAGGCAGGGAGGAGAAGCUGAAGUUUGAUCUGCAGCAGCACCGCUCUGAAGGUGUUCACGGGAGGACAUCCCCUGUGUCCAGCUAUGUCCCCCUGCCGGACUACCUGGACAAUGACGAAGACCUGAUCAGACCAAGGAAGCUGGUGAAUCCUGUCAAAGCUUCCAGAAGUCACCAGGAGCUUCACCAAGAGCUGCUGAGCAGCUGCAGGCGAGGGGGGACCAGCAUCGAUACCAAACCAGAACUACAGAGAGUUCUAGAGUCCAGGAAGAGAGAUCAGCUGAUCCGUCAGAGGAAACAGGAAGUGGAAGCUCACAGGAAGAUUUCCCCUCUGGAGGCGGAGCUACUGAAGAGACACAGGAAGCUGGAGGAGUUGGAACAGCAGCAGGAGCAGCAGCAGAAGGACAACCUGACAGCUCCAGAGUUCAUGAAAGUCAGAGAGAAACUGAGACGGACGUCAGUCCGCUGUGAGGACGAAAAGAACAUGUAGAGACAAAAACACAGAAGGUCCACGUGGUUCCAGUUACAGGACAAUCUGAAGACAAAAACCUAGCUGAGGACACUGUGAGGAGACAGAGACACAAAGGUCCAACAGGGAUGUAGACCAGCUGCUUCUCUGAAGACAGCUGUGAUGUCUCUGGGACAUGUCCUGAAUACUCCAGGAGGAGUGAAAAGAAUGAUCAAUGAUCAAUUAGGAAUAUUUAUUGAUUGAUUGGUUCUGAUAAUGAGAUAUAAUGAAGUUUUUUUCAUUUUAAACACACAUAAACAAAGAACAACAUAAACCCCCACCCCAUCCGUCCCACACCAGAUCAGUCACAAACAAACUAAACAAGCAUUGACAUGCUUUCAAUGUACAACACAAAAAGCUGCCAAGUGUCCCAAAAUCUCGACAGAACCCUUCAAGGUAUAUCUUAGUUGUUCCAGGUGGAUAUGGUACAUCAUCUCUCUUAUCCAUUGUACAUAUGCUGGGGGGCGUGGGUCCUUCCAGUUGCACAUUAGCCUCAAGGCCAGGAGAGCCAAAGGUAAUCAUUCAACCACAAUCACACCCUUGUCACAUUUGCUGAAGGACAUGUCCACAGGGAACAUGAGUGGUGAUGGGUGUACAGUUUUGCCACAUA